CUGCAGCAGAAGCAACCGACCGCCGUGCCCCAGCAAGCGUGGCAUCGAGCUCAAAUGCCCCUGCAGCAGAAGCAACCGACCGCCGUGCCACAGCAAGCGUGGCGUUCAGCUCAAAUGCCCCUGCAGCAACCGACCGCCGUGGCCCGGCAAGCGUGGCAUCCAGCUCACAAGCCCCUGCAGCAGAAGCAACCGACCGCCGUGCCACAGCAAGCGUGGCAUCCAGCUCACAUGCAGCAGAAGCAACCGACCGCCGUGCCCCAGCAAGCGUGGCAUCCAGCUCACAUGCCCCUGCAGCAGAAGCAACCGACCGCCGUGCCCCAGCAAGCGUGGCAUCCAGCUCAAAUGCCCCUGCAGCAGAAGCAACCGACCGCCGUGCCCCAGCAAGCGUGGCAUCCAGCUCAAAUGCCCCUGCAGCAGAAGCAACCGACCGCCGUGCCCCAGCAAGCUUGGCAUCCAGCUCAUAUGCCCCUGCAGCAGAAGCAACCGACCGCCGUGCCCCAGCAAGCGUGGCAUCCAGCUCAUAUGCCCCUGCAGCAGAAGCAACCGACCGCCGUGCCCCAGCAAGCGUGGCAUCCAGCUCAUAUGCCCCUGCAGCAGAAGCAACCGACCGCCGUGCCCCAGCAAGCGUGGCAUCCAGCUCAAAUGCCCCUGCAGCAGAAGCAACCGACCGCCGUGCCCCAGCAAGCGUGGCAUCCAGCUCAUAUGCCCCUGCAGCAGAAGCAACCGACCGCCGUGCCCCAGCAAGCGUGGCAUCCAGCUCAAAUGCCCCUGCAGCAGAAGCAACCGACCGCCGUGCCCCAGCAAGCGUGGCAUCCAGCUCAAAUGCCCCUGCAGCAGAAGCAACCGACCGCCGUGCCCCAGCAAGCGUGGCAUCCAGCUCAAAUGCCCCAGCAGCAGAAGCAACCGACCGCCGUGCCCCAGCAGCAGAAGCAACCGACCGCCGUGCCCCAGCAAGCGUGGCAUCCAGCUCAAAUGCCCCUGCAGCAGAAGCAACCGACUGCCGUGCCCCAGCAAGCGUGGCAUCCAGCUCAAAUGCCCCUGCAGCAGAAGCAACCGACCGCCGUGCCCCAGCAAGCGUGGCAUCCAGCUCAAAUGCCCCAGCAGCAGAAGCAACCGACCGCCGUGCCCCAGCAGCAGAAGCAACCGACCGCCGUGCCCCAGCAAGCGUGGCAUCCAGCUCAAAUGCCCCUGCAGCAGAAGCAACCGACCGCCGUGCCCCAGCAAGCGUGGCAUCCAGCUCAAAUGCCCCUGCAGCAGAAGCAACCGACCGCCGUGCCCCAGCAAGCGUGGCAUCCAGCUCAAAUGCCCCUGCAGCAGAAGCAACCGACCGCCGUGCCCCAGCAAGCGUGGCAUCCAGCUCAAAUGCCCCAGCAGCAGAAGCAACCGACCGCCGUGCCCCAGCAAGCGUGGCAUCCAGCUCAAAUGCCCCUGCAGCAGAAGCAACCGACCGCCGUGCCCCAGCAAGCGUGGCAUCCAGCUCAAAUGCCCCUGCAGCAGAAGCAACCGACCGCCUUGCCCCAGCAAGCGUGGCAUCCAGCUCAAAUGCCCCAGCAGCAGAAGCAACCGACCGCCGUGCCCCAGCAGCAGAAGCAACCGACCGCCGUGCCCCAGCAAGCGUGGCAUCCAGCUCAAAUGCCCCUGCAGCAGAAGCAACCGACCGCCGUGCCCCAGCAAGCGUGGCAUCCAGCUCAAAUGCCCCUGCAGCAGAAGCAACCGACCGCCGUGCCCCAGCAAGCGUGGCAUCCAGCUCAAAUGCCCCUGGAGCAGAAGCAACUGGCCCCUAUGCCCAAGAAUCGACCAGCCAUUGAACCUCAGCAGCAGAAGCAACUAUCCAACACACCCCAGCAAGCGUGGCAUCCAGCUCAAAUGCGCCUGCAGCAGGAGGAUGUGGCCGUCGAGCCCCUGCAGCAGGAGGAUGUGGCCGUCGAGCCCCUGCAGCAGGAGGAUGUGGCCGUCGAGCCCCUGCAGCAGGAGGAUGUGGCCGUCGAGCCCCUGCAGCAGGAGGAUCGACCGGCAGUCGAGCCCCUGCAGCAGGAGGAUCGACCGGCCGUCGAGCCCCUGCAGCAGGAGGAACUAUCCAACACACCCCAGGAAGCGUGGCAUCCAGCUCAAAUGCGCCUGCAGCAGGAGGAUCUGGCCGUCGAGCUCCUGCAGGAGGAUCUGGCCCCUAUGCCCAAGAAUCGACCAGCCAUUGAACCUCAGCAGCAGAAGCAACUAUCCAACACACCCCAGCAAGCGUGGCAUCCAGCUCAAAUGCGCCUGCAGCAGGAGGAUGUGGCCGUCGAGCCCCUGCAGCAGGAGGAUGUGGCCGUCGAGCCCCUGCAGCAGGAGGAUCUGGCCCCUAUGCCCAAGAAUCGACCAGCCAUUGAACCUCAGCAGCAGAAGCAACUAUCCAACACACCCCAGCAAGCGUGGCAUCCAGCUCAAAUGCCCCUGCAGCAGGAGGAUCUGGCCGUCGAUCCCCUGCAGCAGGAGGAUCUGGCCGUCGAGCCCCUGCAGCAGGAGGAUCUGGCCCCUAUGCCCAAGAAUCGACCAGCCAUUGAACCUCAGCAGAAGCAACUAUCCAACACACCCCAGCAAGCGUGGCAUCCAGCUCAAAUGCUCCUGCAGCAGGAGGAACUGGCCGUCGAGCCCCAGGAAGUUAGGUAUCCAGCUCAAAUGCCCCAGCAGCAACCGAACCCCAUUCCUCAGCUAUUAUGGCAUGUAGCCCAAAUUCCCCAGCAGCAACUGGCCCCCAUCCCUCAGCAGAAGCACUACGAAAGCACAGAAGAUGGCGGCUCUAGUAGCUCUCAGUUCCAAAUCACACUACGAGAAUGGCAAAACGGUCUUCUCCCAACCCCGCUACACUCCUAGCGAGGCUAUUCCUAUUGACAAUGGUAAUGCUCCCAAUGACAGUGAUGUUGGCACAUUUGAACCAAGCACAUACCCACCACUAGUAAAGGAUCCUACAAGUUAACGUACAACUUUAAUCUGGUCUUAACUUUGCGCUGUGAAUUUGAAGUCCUUUGUACUAGCCAUGUAUCUGCCAACAGGAGA